CCGCUUCCAAGACACAUCAUGACACAUUUUGCAUAGGUACGCAGAUCAUGUCCACCCCCGAGAACACUACUCUUGAUGCUCACACGGGGAUCUGCCGUCAUUGUGGAAUCUCUAGUCUUCCUCCUGACGUGGCGAAAGACAUUCCAUCAAUGGAGAACAGCAACAAGACUGAAUAUAGCUCUACCAUUCUCAUCUUAUCUUCUACGCAAUGGCAUGUAUCACUUCUUGUGAGCAUCACUCUCCAUAACUUCGUCGAGACGCUCCAGAUCAAACUAAUCUGGUGCAGAAUGCUUCUACUCAUAAAUGUUGCUGAGAUGAUCAUAUAUCAAUGUGUGAGUGGCUUAGCCGUCCCUGAAGACUGCUCAGUUCUAAAGACAAUAUCCAAGCCUUUCACUCCCUCCGAUUAUCUUGCGCAGUUUCUUCCACCUAUAUUGCUCAGCCGAUUCCUACUCAAUUUGCGUCAGACCUCCUUCGGUGCUAAUGCUAGUACAGACAGUCCUGCUUAUUCCAGAAUUAUCGGGAAUAUUGGCGAGGAUUUUGAAGACACAAAUAUGGUUGUGUUGAAUGAGGACGCCGUCGAUGGCGAUCUCGAGAGCAUAUGA